AUGAUCCAUGCUGUGUUGAUAUUUAAUAAGAAAGGUCAGCCUAGACUGAUCAAAUUUUACACUCCAGUCGAUCUUCCGAAGCAGAAACUACUGCUUGAACAAGUUCAUGAGCUGAUAUCUCAAAGAAAUAGUGAUUUCCAAAGUUCUUUCCUGGUGACUCCACCAUCUUUACUUGGUGAGAGUGAUUCCUUAGAAGACGAAGAUAUCCAGAUAAUUUACAAGAACUACGCUACGUUGUUCUUCACCUUCAUAGUAGAUGAUCAAGAGUCUGAGCUAGCAAUUCUGGAUCUGAUUCAAACGUUUGUUGAAUCAUUAGACCGUUGUUUCUCCGAGGUUAGCGAACUUGACCUAAUCUUCAACUGGCAAACCCUAGAGAGUGUCCUUGAAGAGAUUAUCCAGGGAGGUAUGGUCAUAGAGACCAACAUUGUGAAUAUUGUGCGUUCAGUGGAUGAACUCAACAGGGCUUCUGAGCAAAAUGAUGGAGCUGUAGCUAGACUAGCCAGUACCGGUUUUGGAAGUGCACUUCAGGCGUUCGCGAGUGGUGGUUUCGCACAAUGGGCAUCAGGCCAAUAA